AUGCAUGCGACCUUGCCCAAACUAUCUUUGCUGGUCUUGGCCACUACUCAGUUGGCUCGCACAUUGGCGAUGCCCGCCAGUCGACGGUCCACUUGCACGGAACCAAGUAUUCGCGUGGAAUGGAAUACGUUAACAGAAGAUCAGAAGGCAGCCUAUUUCGCAGCAGAACUCUGUCUUCUCGAGGCCCCUGCAAAAACCGGAAUUCCAAGUGUCGUGUCGCGCUACGAUGACUUUGUUGGUACACAUGCCCAGCAAAGCGAUAUACCAGAUGGCAAUGAUUUCUGGCAUGUAACUGGACAGUCAGUGGUACUUCAUUACUCGCCAUACACUAUGCUUACCCAGACUAUCUUUCAAAGAUUCUUACAUGUCCAUCGUUACUUCGUCCACGUUCAUGAAACAAUCCUUCGUACUGAGUGCGGAUAUACUGGUCCUCUUCCCUACUGGAAUGAAGUUGUCGAUGCUGGAAAUUUUUCUGCCUCUCCAGUGUUGCUCGAUUUUGGAGGGAACGGCGAUGAGGAAAAUGACUGGGCCGUCAUUGAUGGGCCUUUCGCUAACCUCACACUGCACCUUGGAAUUGGAACAACGAAUACGGAACAUCUCCUUACACGCCAAACAUACGUUGAUGCUUUGCUUGCCCAAGACACGUUCUCCGGAUUUAAAACUACCGCGGCUGUUUUAACCACACAGUCCGGGGUACAUCCAGCAGGUCAUCUCGGUAUUGGAGGGGACAUGGCUGACUAUGUAACGUCGCCUAAUGAUCCAAUGUUCUGGAUGCAUCACGCAUAUUUGGAUUAUGGCAAUGAGACACAGAAAGAGCCCCCUACUGGUUAUGUUGAGACCACCGGAGAUACCGUGAUAUAUAUCUUCGACAUACUUCCUGAUGUAACGGUUGCUGAUGUGUUGGACACGCAAAACGGUUUGUUGUGUUACACGUAUGCGACUUGA